AUGCCUAAUUCGAAAAACAUUAGUUCUGAUUCGAAAAAUAAUAAUUCUGCCUCUAAGAACAACACGGGUGAUACGAAAAAUAACAAUGCUGAUCAAAAACACAACAAUGCUGAUUUGACAAAAAGUAAUUCUGGUUCCACAAAAGACAAUCAUGAUUCGAAAAACAACAAUGAUUUGAAAGCCAAUGCUGAUGUUCCUCCGUCUCAGGGAGAUGGUGGUGUUUCUAAUUUGGCACCUACGUAUGGUGCAACGCAAUCCUUGGAGAGGCAAGGUUCUCGUAAUGGCAACAAGGUUUACAAAAGCGGGCCACUGUUUCUGUCAUCAAAAGGAAUUGGCUGGACCUCAUGGAAGAAAAGAUGGUUCAUUUUGACGGACACUUCAUUGGUCUUCUUCCGAAGUGACCCAAAUGCUAGUUCUGAAAAGGGAGGAGAGGCAAAUCUAACCCUUGGUGGCAUAGACCUCAACAGCUCAGGCAGUGUGGUUGUAAAAGCAGAUAAAAAACUUUUGACGGUACUAUUUCCAGAUGGCCGUGAUGGGAGAUCAUUCACUCUUAAGGCUGAAACUUCCGAGGAUUUAUUUGAGUGGAAGACUGCAUUGGAGGAAGCUUUGGAAAAUGCUCCAACUGCUGGCACAGGGGUGGGACAAACUGGUUUAUCGAAAAACGAGAAGGGUGAUAUCGCUGAUGGUUCUCACGAGCAGUCAACAAAAGACCGUUCGUCGCCAAAAUCUCUUGUCCUUGGUCGGCCAGUUUUACUUGCAUUGGAAGAUAUAGACGGGACUCCAUCAUUCUUGGAGAAAGCCCUUAGAUACGUAGAAGAUCAUGGAAUUAAAGUUGAAGGAAUUUUACGGCAGGCUGCAGAUGUAGAACUUGUUGAGCGCCGAAUUAGAGAUUAUGAACAAGGGAAAACAGAGUUCACAGAAGAGGAGGAUGGACAUGUUAUUGGAGACUGUAUCAAGUAUGUCCUCCGCGAAUUACCAUCAUCUCCAGUCCCGGCAUCUUGCUGCAAAGCUUUACUACAAGCAUAUCGAACCGAUCGGGGAUCAAGAGUUAACAAUAUGCGUGCAGCUAUAUGUGAUACCUUUCCAGAACCAAAUCGCCGUUUAUUGCAAAGAAUUUUGAUGACAAUGGAAGCUGUUGCAGAGAACAAGGAGGUGAAUCGCAUGAGUGUGUCGGCUGUUGCUGCUUGUAUGUCACCGCUACUUCUUCGGCCCCUUUUGGCAGGUGAAGUUGAGCUAGAGAACGAGUUCAAUAUGGGUGGCGAUGGAUCUGCGCAGCUUAUGCAAGCCGCUGCAGCAGCUAACCAUGCUCAGGCGAUCAUCAUCACUUUGCUAGAGGAAUAUGAUAAUAUAUUUGGGGAAGGGGACAUGUUAUCUGAUCUAUACUCCGACUCAGACGAGAGUGGAAGUGAGAGUGAAGAGCUUAGCGAUGACGAUGGCUCUGAGGAUGAAGAUGGUGAUUAUUCAUCUGAAGGUUCCCGUGAUUCUGAACAUGCAUCAAAUAGCAGUGAGGAUGAGAGCAACAGACGUCGUCAUGACAACAAGGCAAAAAAGAAAAUGCCCAUUGACAAUGUGGACAUGAUAGCCGAAGAAAGGGAUGAAAUCUUCAGGCUUGAGAACCUCAAAACUGAUUUGAUGAAGAAAAUUGAAGCUGAGGCAAGGCAUAAUUCAAUUCUGAAAGAGGAGCUGUUGAGUAAAAGGGAUGCUUUAGGGGACCGUCAUCUUGCUCUUGAGCAAGAGGUGGCAACAUUAAAGGAACAGUUGAAGAGGGAAAGAGAAAUGAGGAAAGUACUUGAGGCAGGACUCAUGAUGUCAAAGAAAAUCUUGCCCGUGCCGGGAUCCAUUGAUGAAAAGACCAAGGCAGAUCUAGAGGACAUUGCCAAAGCAGAGGCUGAAGUCAUCAGCAUACAACAAAAACUAGAUGAUCUUGAAGUACACCUUAACCAUGGAAAAGUAAAAGAUAAGGAGAUAGAUCGAGAAGCUUCGCAUAAGAGUAAGGAUAAAAAGGAGCAUCAGGACAAACAACCAUUCCACUCUUUUUCUAGUAGAAAGCAUCUAAACCAUCAAUCGGAUUCAACACGCAAAGGAGAAUCAAGUAUGAGCAAGUCUUCUUCAACCACUGACAAAAGAUCUAACUCAAGGGGUGAGGCAACUAAUACAAAUUCAGCAUUGUCAAAAAUAACAAAUAGACUCGACUUCUUGAAAGAAAAGCGCAACCAAAUGACAAAUGAGAUGGAGACUGUAGAUAAUAAAGGUCAAUCAUCUCAAAAGCACGAUAACCAAUCACUUGACGAGUCUGACAACCAAUCAUCAGUAGAUAGUUCAUCCCAACAUCAAGGAUCAUUUAAAAAUAAGCCAGAUAACCAAUCACUUAUGUCCCAUACAGAUAAUUAGGUACAGGUUUUAAACAUCGAAAUACAUGAAGAUGAUUAGAAACACCCACAAUGUAUACUCCAAAACGGAACCUCUUUCGUUGCAUUUAUAUGUUGAAGUAGCCUUGGUAAGGAAACCAUGAUUUAAGGUGUGCCUGAAUUGAAGUUGGCUGCAACUUGCAGCCUCAAUGGAAAAACACGACAUGGAAAUGGUUCGUACGAGAAGUUAAAUUUCUUCUUAUGCAGUUAUUAAGCCGCCCUGAUGUGAUUGUAGGACUUCUUGUAAUUAUUAGUGUUUUUCUUUGUAAGUGCAAAAACAUUUUGUUA